GUCGUCCAUGUACGCUGCCGCCAGAGGUUUGGGAAACGUUUGGGAGAGUGCGAAAAUUGCGACAACCCCCGAGAGAAAAGAUAUCGAUUGUGACGUCGUAUCUCGAUUCGUCUUCCAGAGCCUCUGGUGGCAUGUAGACGGAAGCUCCUGGUGCCUUGGUCAUGGUGGAAGCUCGCAAACCCGGCAAAAUGCGAGCCAUGCCCAGGUCGGCUAUCUUGGCCACCAUCCCCUCAUUCAGGAGAACGUUUCUGGCCGACAAGUCGCGGUGGAUGAUGGGCGGCGAGUGGCUGUGCAGGAACGAGAGCCCGCGGGCCACGUCGUGAAGGACGGAGCGUUUCAGAGAGACGGGGACGAAGGGCUUGGUCGGCGGCGGAGGUUCUGGAUCCAGAAUGUCGUGGAGACUGGUCGCAAGCUUCUCCAUGACAAGCGCCGGCAUUCGCGAGCCGGGCAGGAAACACACGCCAAGGAACUGGACGAUGUGCGGGUGGCGGAGGGUGCUCAUCAGCUGACACUCACGCGCGAACUCGUCCGCGGCCUUCUCGAUGCCUUCGCGCGGCAUCUGUCGCGGGUCUUGGAAAAAGUCGUGGAUCUUCUUGGCGGCGCACACGGCUCCUGGAAUUGCCACCUCCUCCACGCUGCCGUACGAGCCAGACCCGAUGGUCCUGCCCGUGGCUCGAGCGGAGGAGAGGAGGAACGGACGGAGGCGGGGAUGGUCGCGGAGGAAAGACGCGGCCAAGGACUGGGCAGCCAUUGU